CCUACGUUGGCAGUGGAGGCUUAAAAGUUGCCGGCCUGGCUCAAUCCAGCACUUUCAAGCCUUGGCCCAUGGUGGGUACCCUUGGCUUUGCGGUGGAUUUUGAAUUUGAAACCGCCGCUGCUGCUGCUUCAAAAGUGAAAAGUCGGUUUCGUAUUUCGAGUAUGGGGGGCGAGGGAAAGAAGAAGACGAAGAGGAAACAGCCGAAGCAAAACAAGAAUGCAGUUGUUGUUGAGAGACGACGACGUUUGGUCAGAGAACAACCACAGCCACCAUCACCAGCAGAGAAACAAAUGGAAGAAGAAGAAGAAGAAGAUAUAGAGGAUAUUAUCCCGUGGAGGUUCAGUGGGGACGAAACCCAGAGGAUUAGGGAAUCUCUUUUGGAGUGGUACGACCUGAACAAGAGGGACCUCCCAUGGCGCUCAAAGAAAUUAGAGUCGCCAUCAGAAGCAGAAGAAGAAAGGGCUUAUGGAGUUUGGGUCUCGGAAAUAAUGCUUCAGCAGACGAGGGUUCAGACUGUCAUUGAUUACUACAACCGUUGGAUGCGCAAAUGGCCCACCAUUCACCAUCUCUCUCAGGCUUCUCUUGAGGAGGUGAAUGAAAUGUGGGCUGGUUUGGGCUACUAUCGCCGAGCACGAUUUCUGUUAGAGGGAGCAAAGAUGAUUGUUACAGAAGGAGGUGGAUUUCCUAAAACAGUUUCUGCACUGCGAAAGAUUCGAGGAAUUGGAGACUAUACUGCUGGAGCUAUUGCUUCAAUAGCAUUUGAGGAGGUGGUGCCUGUGGUUGAUGGGAAUGUGAUAAGGGUGAUUGCUAGACUACGAGCUAUUGCUGCGAAUCCAAAAGACAAGGUGAUGGUCAAGAAAGUAUGGAAAGUAGCAGCUCAACUAGUUGAUCCUAUCCGGCCUGGCGACUUCAAUCAGGCUCUCAUGGAACUUGGUGCAACUGUCUGCACUCCAUUGAACCCAAGCUGCUCUUCAUGUCCUGCAUCUGGCCAUUGUCGUGCACUGUCAAUCUCUAGACAUGAUAGUGCGGUACAGGUUACAGAUUUCCCAGUUAAGGGGAUAAAGGUCAAGCAGAGACAUGGUUUUUCUGCUGUAUGUGUUGUGGAGUUACUUGGAGGUCAGAAAACAUCGGAGGGAAGCCAAACUGACAGCAGAUAUCUUCUUGUUAAAAGGCCUGAAAAAGGUUUGCUUGCUGGCCUCUGGGAGUUCCCGUCUGUCUUGCUGGACGAAGAAGCUGAUUUGGCCUCUAGGAGAGAAGCAAUUGAUUGCUUUUUGAAAAACAGCUUUGGACUUGACCCCAAAAGGACCUGCGACGUAGUUCUCAGGAAAGAUGUUGGAGAGUUUGUCCAUAUUUUCACUCACAUUCGUCUAAAAGUAUAUGUGGAAUUGUUUGUGUUACAUCUUAAAGGUGGGAAGAAUGACUUACUUGGAAAGCAGGACAAAGAAAUUAUGCCAUGGAAAUGUGUUGAUUCCGAGCUCCUUUCAAGCAUGGGAUUGACAUCUGCUGUCAGAAAGGUAUACACUAUGGUUCAGAAAUUUAAGCUGGAAAAUUUGUCCAUUAAUUUUACACCAUCCAAAAAAAGAAGCAGAAUAACGCGAACAAAAUAAGAUAUUCCUGCCCGAACCUGUUGCAGCGUCCUAAAGGAGGUGCUUUAUUCUACUAAUACAAGAAAAUUUUAGUAUUUAAGAUUGUUCUCUGUGCAUAUAUCUGCCAAGAAAGUGCACUUUGGCCAUGCAACAAGGCAGAUUAUUGUCAGAGCUGGCCCUUCAUCAUCAGUUUUGCUACUUAAUAUCUUAUUCAUCCACAACAAUUUCCUUGUGAGUUAUGCAGACUCGCUUUCUCUACGGCUCUGGUGGGUUCUCUUAACCAAGCCAUUGCUUAUGAGCCGCUCAUUUUUCGACAGGCAGGCACACAGACAAAUGAGCUUUUAAGGGCUAUGAUUUGCAUGUUGAUGGAAGUGUAUCAUUUUGCUAUGAUGCUUUCAUUUUUCUAUCCAAUGUAGGUAGUGUAAUUUAUCAAUUUGUAUAGAAAGGAAGACUAGGACUUCAGAUUCUAGCAAAGGAGAGCUUAGCAGUGAAAAACAAAAUUCUAAUGCUUUUUGUAACAAAUGUAACAAUGCUUAUCAGUGAAAAAAACAGAAUUUGUAAUUGCUAUAAUUGUUGUUUUGUUGUUAUAUGUUAUGAGGAUGGUGAUAAUGUUGUCACAUGAGGACUAUGUAAUUGUUUAGCAUAUGAUUUCUAUUAUUACUCAACAGGGUUUCCUUAAGUUUUUGUGUUUUGUAAUUUUUACUACGAAUUUGAU